UAACUAGGAUUAAUGUCCCCAGAUGUGACGUUUUCUGCUUUCCUGUUUGCAUUUUGUCUUGUUCAGGUCGAUCGGUGGAGGAGGUGGUCUGGAAAAUGGCUGACGGAGUUGAUCACAUCGACAUCUACGCCGAUGUUGAAGAGGAUUUCAACCAGGAAUCAGACUACCCUGCCCAUGACCAGAUAGACUUGUAUGACGAUGUUAUCUCUCCUUCGGCCAAUAAUAACGGAGACGCACCUGAGGACCGGGACUACCUGGACAACCUACCCCCACCUGCUGGCUCCGAGGGGAACAAGAGCACCCCGCCCAACGUGGUUUACACGUACACUGGCAAGAGGAUCGCCCUGUACAUAGGCAAUCUCACAUGGUGGACAACAGACGAAGAUUUGACAGACGCCAUUGGAUCAAUAGGCAUUAAGGAUCUGCUGGAGAUCAAGUUCUUUGAGAACAGAGCCAACGGCCAGAGUAAAGGGUUUGCCCUGGUGUGUGUGGGCUCAGACACGUCCUCUAGGAAGCUACUGGACCUGCUGGCUAAACGGGAGCUCCACGGACAGAACCCCAUUGUUACCCCCUGCAACAAACAGUCCCUCAGCCAGUUCGAGAUGCAGUCUCGGAAAAGUACAUCGGGUGGGCAGAUGUCCGGAGAUGGGAAGGCGGGACCCCCCACCAUGGGCCCCCGCGGUGGCUUCCCCAUGGGCAUGGGUAGGGGCCGAGGCCGCUUCCCCGGGCCUCCUGGUCCUGGAGGAGACCGCUUCCCUGGGCCCAUCGGACCCGGAGGGCCCCCACCACACUUCCCAGGGUCGGGGAUGAGGCCACCUGAACUCAUUAACCAUAGACACCAAGAAGGCCACCUGAUGGAUAUGAAUUUCAAUUGCUUCCCGCCGGGACGUGAUGGGAAUUGGCGACCCAGAGGUGGUAUGCAGGGCCCACCUCGACCCCCUCCUGGCCCACUAGGUCCCCCUGGACCCCUAGGCCCCCCUCCCCCAGGACAGGGCCUCCCCCCUCCCAUGCAAGGCCCCCCCAACCGUGGCGACCGCCCCCCACCCCCGGUCAUGUUCCCCGGCCAGUUCGGCCAGCCCCCCAUGGGUCCUCUCCCCCCUGGCCCUCCCCCACAUGGCUUCGGCCCUCCUCCUGGCCCCCCACCCCCCCAACAGGGCCCUCCACCCCCGGGUCAUUUCCCUCCUCGCCCCCCCGGGCCUCUUGGACCACCUCUGGCCCUCGCUCCCCCACCACACAUGACCGGGCCCCGACCUGGAGGCCCCCCACCGGCUCCCCAUGUCAACCCAGCGUUCUUCCCUCCUCCUGGGGGUCCUAACAACAUGGGGGGCCCUCCUGGAGGAGACGGCAGGGGCCCCAACGGGCCCAACGACCCCUAUGGACGGCCACCUCCGUAUGACCGGGGAGACUUCGGCCCCGCCGGCAGUAACCAGCGUCCCCCGCUAAUCUGUGAGUUUGACCUCAGGGCCCCCCUGCCCCGCGGCUGCCCAGACCCCUGGAUUAACGAGGGUUUGGUCGAUCUGAAAAAUGGCGGCCAGCACUUGCACAAUGCGAGUGACCCAGGGGAGAUGGAGUCGGCGCGGACACCGCUGAGCGAGGCAGAGUUUGAGGAGAUCAUGAACCGGAACCGAGCCAUCUCCAGUAGUGCCAUCUCUAGGGCGGUGUCAGAUGCUAGCGCUGCUGACUACGGCAGUGCCAUAGAGACUCUGGUGACAGCCAUCUCUCUGAUCAAGCAGUCCAAGGUCUCUGCUGACGACCGCUGCAAAGUCCUCAUCAGCUCUCUACAGGACUGUCUCCACGGCAUCGAGAACAAGUCCUACGGCUCUGCCUCCAGUUCUGCCCCUAAAAGACGCGAGAGGUCGAGGGAGCGAGACCACAGCCGAUCCCGGGAGAAGAGCCGGCGCCACAAGUCCCGUAGCCGCGACCGCCACGAGGACUACUACCGCGAACGCAGCCGGGAGAGAGAACGUCACCGCGGGGACAGAGAACGAGAACGUGAACGAGACCGUGAGAGGGAGUACCGACAUCGUUAGCGGAGCCUACGGAAGAGGACAGGGACGAGGACGCCUCUUCACAACCAGCAGGCCCUACAUCAGGAUCGCCUUGUCAACUAGCCCCCCCUCUCUCUGUCUGUGUCUCCAUGGUUACCAGGGGACUGACUACCUGGGAAUCGCUCACAGCUGUGUAAGGCUAUAAGUAGUGUUCUUUAAAAUCAUUCUCAUGGUAUAAAAAAAACUACUCAACAGCUAUUUUUAUUUUACUGAAAUUUUAUUUGAUGUGAACGAAAAAAUGAUUACCUACCUGUGUUGACAGGCUUCUUUCAAGCUUUGCGAAAAUAACAAAUGACUACAUUUGCCUGCUCUAUUCCAAAACGGACAACUUUUGACUGCUAUAAUGUGUACAUUUUGUCAGGUUAAGAGCUGAUUUUUACAGGGAGGUUUUUUUGUUUUUUCGUCUUCAUUUCCUCUCGUGCCCCUCCCUACUUUUCUCGUUAGGAUAAUGUUUGUAAAUGUCUCUGCUUUGAAUAUUAAAAUAGAUUCUGUGUUGUAAUAAACUUGUUUACUGGG